GGCGGGUGGGGGCCUGCGGCAGCGCAGGCGGGCUGUGGAGGAGGGCCAGACAGCUGGCGGGGUGCUGGCUGACGGGGACCCAGGCUGCACCCAAACCCUGGCAGGCACACACGCCUGGCCUCCCGGGCGGGCUCCAGGUGCCAGGGCCCUGACCGCGGAGUCAGGUGGGGCCCGCUGCAGCUCCCCGCACCCCCUCCAGGAUGCUGCAGCCGGAGGGUCUGCAGGCCCCCGAGGAGGGGUCAGCCGCCGGGGGCCGGCGCAGCUACUGCAUCGUCUGCUACUCGGCCUUCGACCUCUCGGGGCGCCUGCCCCGCCGCCUGUACUGCGGCCACACCUUCUGCCAGGCGUGCGUGCGGCGCCUGGACACGCCGGCCCACGAGCAGCGCUGGAUCCCCUGCCCGCAGUGCCGCCAGAGCACGCCCACGCCCCGUGGGGGGGUGGCCAUGCUGGACCUCGACCGCGCCUUCCUGGCCAUCAGGGCCGAGCGGGAGCCGCCCCGAGUGGAGCCCCGGCCCCCUGCGCCCCUCAAAGGGGGCGCCGCCAUCACUCGGCAGCCGGCCACGCUCUGCCCCACCUUGGGGCCCCAGCCCCACUUCCCCCGGUCCAGCUGCUGCUGCUGGGGCUGCAGCCCCCUCUGCUGGGAGCCCCCGGGCCGCCCCGAGGCCUGAGCUCCGGCUGCGGCAGCUCUCACCUCGCACCUGCCUCGGCACCUCCGACGGCGGCGCACCCGCCCGGAGCAGCCUGGGGACUGAGAGUCCCGAGGGCCGCCCGCCACGGACACCCCGGUCAUGGCCCAGGGUCAGGGGCAGUGGCCACAGUACCGUGAGACUCUACAAGGACCAGCGGCCGCCUGUCAAAUCCAGCUGGGA